GGAUAAAAGGACGGUGAACAGCAACGUUCAUCUAUCCCCCAGAGUCGACGCUGUCGAGUCCCCAAUUCCCCACACCUAAUCUUGCGAACGAACACGUCACUGUCAGCAUGUCCAACAUUAUUAAAGCAGAUGCCGAGGUGGUUAUCUCCUCAAGUCCUCAUGGGCCCCGGGGGCAGCCCCUACGUUGGCUGUUCCCCCGACCCGUCCUACCAGUCCUACCAGUCAACUUGAUUGCAAGGAAUCCUGAUAUCCAAGCUCCAAGGGUACGGAUCAUCACCAAUAUACGUCGUACACUCAUCCACGUACUUUGCACAGUUCGUCCUCAGGAGGGUCGAAGGCGACAUAUUCACUACUUACCAUCAAUGGGAUGCAAGUCGUCGAGAAGGACGGGAAGGUAUUUGCUGCUGAUGGAGGGACGCGCGCAAGAGUGGGUGAUUAGAUACAGAGAAUUUCAAAAUGGGUAUACGAUCGUCAAGAGGCUCGAUGAACCCGGAGAAAUUGGAUGGAUCGCUCCGACCGAUGGAAGUUCGCAGAUCCGUGUCGGACGCCUCAGGGAGAUUCCGACAGCCCCACCGGGCCAAUACCGCCCCGAAGAAUUAUAUAACCUCGCAUUUCCCCUGGAGUGAACGAGGAAUCGGAGAGUCGAAGCGGCGUGAUGAUUCUUCGGUGUAAGAUAGCGCGGAGUGUUAUGUGAAUGUUCAGCCAUUGUUGUGUAGUAUGUCGAUGAUACUUGAAAAAUCCCAGACUUGGACACCAGAGCCGUAUA